UAAAUCUUUUUGAAUAUUACAAAAAAACUAUUCAACAAGCUAUUACAGUAUCUAUUUUACAGGGAUUACAUAAAGAGAUAUCAGAAUCAAACAUAUCAGCUAAUAACAAAUUGAUACUAUAUGAUUUGAUAAAAGAAAAAAUUGAUAAUUUUAGACAAGAAGAAGAAUUUGAAAAUAUAAAAAAAAAGAUUGAAAAAGAAAAUUCAGUUACUAAUUUAGAAGUAGAUAUCAAAGAAAAAAUAGAUUUUAAAACAAAAUAUAUUGAUCAAAAAAAGAAAAAUGAAUUACAUAUAAUACGUAAUCAAAAAAUUAAAUCAUUAAAAGGUGCAAUAGAUUUUUUACGUAUUAAAGAAGAAAUUGAAAAUGAAUCUUUAUUAUCAAAUUUGUUAGAUAAAAAUCUUUUUGAUGAUUUAAUUCAAACAAACAGUUUUUUAGUUAAAAAUCAAAGACAAUUAUUACAAACAACAAGAAAAAAAUUGAUACAGUUGUUAGUAAACAAUUAUUACAACACGUUAAAGAAAGAAAUAGAAAUAUCAAAAGAUUUAGAAAAAUUAAAUGAUGGGGAUAUUUUGAUGAAAGAAUCGGUGAAAAUUGAUCGAUUAUUAAGAAGUGAAAAAGAUCAAAGAUAUGAUCUUAUAAGAGAUAUUAUUAAUAAUACAGAAAAUAUUGAAAAAAUAUCAGAUUCAUCAGAAAUAUUUACAGAUAUUAAAAUAUUAAAUCAAACUUUAUUAACAGAAAAUCGUGAUAAAUCAGAACUAGAAAGAGAACAAAAAUUACACUAUAAUAAUGGGUUAUAUGAUAUUAUUA